AUGGCCCUCCAAUCAUCGCAAAAAGGAAAGCAACGCCAGCAACUUGAAGUCGACGAUCCUACAGAAUGUCUUAACCGAGCUUUAACCAAGUUUCAAGACGUUCUGACAACGGAAGAGAAACAAAAGCUCCAAACUAUUACAGCAGUCCCAGAUGCCGGGGGUGUUGCAUUCUUUGUGGCCCAACUUGAUGCUGAAAAAGCUAUCAAGACAAGAAGAAGCGUCGCUCCACGACUAUGUACUUUUCUAAGCGCCACGCAACAAUUCGCGGGCGCCGUGGAAACAUUCAUCAGCUCAAAUCCGAAAGUCGCAGCGCUAAUAUGGGGAGGAAUUAAGACUGCUAUAACAGUCGCAAGCAAUAUAGCAUCCUAUUUCGACAAGGUUACCAACCUCCUCAAAGAUAUUGGCCUGGUUUGCCCGACCAUUCAGCAAUUUGGGCAGCUAUACCAUGGACAUACUGGCCUCCAACACGCAUUAUGUGAAUAUUACGCCGUGGUAGUCGAGCUGUGUAUCAAGCUUAUCGAAGUGUCACGGCGAGGAGUAGCUCUCCAAACUAUUUCUUCCAUUUGGAAUCCCUUCGAGUCCGAGUUCAAGCAAUUUUUGGAUACACUCAAGUCAGCCAGGGCCCAGAUAGACGAUCAGAUAUCUCUCGCCUUGAACCAAGCCAACCAGGAGACGAAACAGCUGGUAGAAUUUGAGAGCCAAGAGAGCUCAUUGUUCAGAUCAUCUGCCUUGAGCUUUAUCAAGAAGUCUUCUCAGCAACAGGAAGAGGCAAAACAAUGGCAAUUGAAUAGGUCAAAACGGGAAAGUGCCUCCUUGAAAAUCAAAAUCCGACAAAACCUCUCUCCUGUCGACCAUAUUCUACCCUGGAAACGAAUUCUGAAGCAGCGAGUCCACUUAACAGCCCAAUGGAUAGUCCACGAGCCCGCGUUCGUUGAAUGGUUCCAAUGUUCUCUGAAAUCGAUUAUUUGGUGUGCGGGAACGAUGGGCAUGGGAAAGUCUGUUGUGAUGUCCAGUGUGGUGUCGUAUCUACAUACCACGUGCCGUAAGAGGGAUUUUGUUUCUCAUUUCUUUUGCUUAACCGAGAAUGCAGAAUCACUGUUGGCAAAAAACAUUAUUGGUAGCAUUACCCGUCAAAUACUCGACUCGUUGAUCGAGAGGAGUAGCCAUGAAGAUCUGCUUUCUAUCCACGAUGAGAGUCAGAACCUUGACACAGAUGAGACUGUUCAUUUUCUACUCUCUAAGCUUCCCAUGGACGGAACCUAUUUUAUCGUUCUCGACGGUCUGGAUGAAUGCCAAUCAGACCAAAUCCGUGAAGUCUCUCGAGCUCUGAAAGCGCUUGUUCAGCAAGAGGAUGUCAUGUUCAAAAUUAUAUGCGCCGGUCGACCUGAGCUAGAGGAUAAUUUAUUCAAGUGGACUAAACCACAGCAGCGCAUUGUUAUCGACGAAGGCAAGCUCAACAUUGAUAUUGAUCGAUACAUCACUGCAACUCUCGAUGACUGUCUGGAGGAAGGCUUGCUGGUUCUAGGGGAUCCAACAAUCGUUACAACAAUCGCUGACGUUCUACGCGUCGGCUCCCAGGGGAUGUUUCUUUGGGCUGGCUUGUGCAUCAGAGACUUGUGCGAGCAAAACAGCGACGAGGAGAUACUUGAAGCGCUAAACCAUCUCCCACCUGGCUUGACCGAGCUUUUUGAUUCCAAGAUAAGCCGUAUUCAGCAGGGGAAGAAUUAUUCCAAAGCAAUGGAUUUGCUUCGAUACUGUGGUGUUUUGAAGCGGCCUCUUACCGUUGCGGAGUAUAGAGAAAUUCUAAGCAUUUCCAUUGACGACACAUCUCUUGACAGUAAGAGACUAGUCAACGACAUGAACCGAGUUGUCCGAGGUUGCUUUGGCUUGACAUUCAUCGAUGACGAGGAACAUACCAUUCACUAUAUUCACCAAAGCGUCAAAGACCAUUUAUUUCACACUGAACAUCGAGAGAGUGCAAGAUUUGAGGGCAAAAGUAUUGAUAAGCACAUUGGCUUUUUAUGUUUGACAUACUUGAAUUUCUCAAACUUCAACGCCCAGUUAAUCAAAGUUGAUAAAGCCAUUGUGGAUCCCCUUUAUUUCGGCACAUCUUCCCUCUCCAAAAACCCACGAGUUCAUAGAACGGCGCGACAUGUACUAUCGUCUUGGAUGGGGCAUUCUCCAGGCAUCAAAUUUCGCGAACUGGAGAAAACAGCUUCAGAAUCAUUUGGGGGAUCGCGCUCUCCAGGGUUCAAUACCGAAGUUAGGACGCCAAAUUUUGCAUUUCUCGUUUAUGCUAAAGAGAAUUGGGCAUUACAUCUGAGCGAUCUAAGAACAGAAGAGACCAAAAUGUGGUCCCUUUUUUCCAAGUUCAUGGAAGAUGACUCCCUGUCUUUAACCCGACAUUGGAAGCUACAAACUCAGUCUUCUUCACAGGGCGCUAUUGCGUAUGCGCGAAACCAUGCGUCAGUUCUUUCCUGGCUUUCGGAUAUUUUCUGCGUCAGUGGACCAGAACUGGCUUGGACAAUGAAUGAGAAACAUUAUGCCUUGUUCUUGUACUUUUUAAACGCUAGACCACUAGUCAACCCAUAUCUGCCGACAAAUUAUUAUGUUGCUCCGUUGAUUAAUGACGGUAGCACCCACAAAUGGGCCGAAAUGCUACUUGACAUCCCAAGCUUUCGCCUUGCGUGGGCCCAGGCACUGUUCAUUGUGGUGGUAGAUAAGAGCCUAGGGCAAAGAGAAAGGCACGAAGUUACUCUCAGGUUACUACGCAGAAUGAACGAUGUUGCAGCAAGGGAAGCACGGUUUGCUCUCGGGGCAGCCUUAAGACGUGCACUCCUUCUAAAUCUCGUUCAAACAUUUAUUCUUCUUUUGAAAAUUGAUAAACUACUGUACCCAGAGGACAGAGUGAUCAAUCACGGGACUUCAACAUUCUACGUCGAUACCUUUCCCGAGAAAUUGAAAGACAAACAUAGAGGCCCUUUACUUAUUGUCUGCGUCUCAAGCGAGAAAAAUUGGGCUAUGGCAGAAAGGAUUCUAGAAUCAGGUGCCAAUGCCAACAUUUCUGACUUUCAGACUGGCAACACGGCCCUUCAUUUAUCGCUACGAUUGACAGCCUCGCCUCGACUUCGCACAACAAAGCAACCCACGCUGAUAAAGCAACUCAUUCGUCAUGGCGUUGACCCAAAUCUGCCCAACAAGUCGGGCGAAACAGCCUUUCAUGUAGCCAUUCAAGUGAGCUCUCUUAGCUUGGUAAAAAAAACUCAUCGAAAUCGGCGCCUCGAAUUGUUAAAAUGCCUGUUUGCUGCGGGUGCGAUCAUCGACACGCCAGAUCACAAUGGGACAACAGUGCUUCAUACGCUUACAAAGCUAGGCCGAUUGGAAGCCGUUAAAGCGGUUGUCUCUGCUGGGGCCAACGUCAAUCUGUGUGAUAAAAACGGCAAUACGGCGCUUCAUAAGGUUGUAAUGGCUUUUUAUCUAGAUAUGAACUCUGAAAUUGCCGUCGAAAUAGACAGACUGGUCUUGAUGAGAUGCCUCCUGAAUGCAGGUGGCAAGUUGAAUUUGGCUAAUAUGGACCGCGUCACUCCUCUCCACAUUGUCCUUUCUCGACAGAGCUCGCAAUUGGAGCACACAUUGAUAGAUUAUCUUAUCACAUUUUCUACUGAUUCUCAUCUGGACUACGGGUCUUCUCUAUUGUUACUCGAAAAAUCUCUCGCUGAUCUUGCUCAGGCAAGGUGCUGGCUUGCUGUGAAGUUUUUGGUUGAGCGCGGAGUUUACACAGACAUCCCAGGGGAGUUUGGCAAGGUGGCUCUACAUUUGGCAAGUGAAUGUGACAAACUGGACAUAGUUGCUUUACUAGUUGAGAGUGGAAGUAGUCCGAAAGUGCGUGAUAAAUUUUCGAAAACGCCAUUACAUUAUGCAGCGGCGCAAGGAUUCAAUGAGGUUGUCUCCUGCCUCUUGAAGGGAUCGGAUCUGUCGCAGUGUGAUCAAACGAGAAGAACCGCAUUAAUGUGCGCAAGGGAUAACGGCCACCGCUCUACGGUGAAGUUACUCUUACCCUUCUCUACUCCCGUUGACCGUUGCGAGCACAUAACGGGAUUGACCCUGGAAGAUUGGGAAGAUUGGAUCAAUAUGGGAUAG